AUGUUUCUUCGCACGACCCGUUCCUUCCGUCCUCCAAAAUUCACAUUGGCAUCGCAAACGUCCUCUAGACUAUAUUCGACCACAAAAAACAAGGUCGCUCCUAAAGACAAAUUAAUACCUACAUCAGGAAUAUAUCCGCAUGGAUUUAAAGUAGUGGGCAUUCACAGUGGAGUAGGCAAAAAUGGGAAACGAGAUCUUGGUCUCAUAGUAUCCGACACUGUAUGUAAUGCAGCUGCCGUGUUUACUACAAAUAUAUUCAAGGCCGCACCUGUUCUAGUCAGCAAAGAAAUACUCGAAAAGAAAAACGGUCAGAACGUAAGAGCGUUAACAAUGAAUUCGGGUUGUGCAAACGCAGUCACCGGAACGAAAGGUUUGGAAAACGCCCGUAAAAUGGUAUCCACAACGUCGUCUCUGAUCGGCGAACCAGACACUUCAAUCGUAAUGUCAACGGGUGUUAUCGGCCAACACUUGCAAAUUGACAAGAUAACCAACGGCAUUCAAACUGCUUACCCUCUCCUUUCCAAUGAGCAUUCUUCCUGGUUAUCUACCGCAGAAGCAUUUAUGACCACUGACACGUUUCCCAAGCUACGUUCGCGUGAAUUCACUCUUCCCUCUGGCACAACUUAUCGUAUGGCUGGAAUUUCAAAAGGUGCCGGAAUGAUACAUCCAAAUAUGGCUACUUUGCUUUCAUUCAUAGCAACCGAUGCAGCUGUAUCUCCAACCGCGUUGAGGGCUGCGUUAAAAUACGCCGUUGACAGGUCUUUCAAUUCUAUCACUAUCGACGGCGAUAUGAGCACUAACGACACGCUGGCUAUAUUCGCUAAUGGAGCAAGUGGAGGAACCGAGAUUCGUGAUGAGCGGGGAGAAGAGUAUCUUAACUUUAGAGAUAGUUUAACUGAAUUUGCGGCCGAGUUGGCAAAGUUGGUUGUCAGAGAUGGCGAAGGUGCAACCAAGUUUGUGACUGUAAGAGUCAAGAAUGCUUCGACAUAUGAAGAGGCAAAACAGAUAGCCUCAACUAUUUCUACGUCAUCACUAGUAAAGACAGCUCUUUAUGGGCAAGACGCAAAUUGGGGCCGAAUACUUUGCGCUACUGGCUACGCUGGUGUCCAGUCAGUUGAACCUACAAAAGUUUCUGUUUCUUUCGUUCCGACUGAUGGUUCUGCUCCGUUACGACUCCUUGUCCGUGGAGAACCAGAAAAUGUAGAUGAAGACAGAGCAAGUGAGAUUUUACAGAUGGAAGAUUUGGAGAUUUUGGUUGAUUUGGGACCUAAUUACAGAAGUGAAUUUGGAGUAAUGGUUAAUGACAAGUUGAAAUACCAAAUAAAUUAG